AUGGCUACAUGUGCCAUUGCAACAUAUGACUGUUCAGACGAAUGGAAAAGAAACCCUAAAUCUACCAGUGGGGUUUACACUAUAAAGCCUAAUGGGGCCAAGGCAUCUUUCCAGGUGUUCUGUGAAAUGAAUGCCGAUGGCGGUUGGACCCUUAUCCAGAACCAUGAUGGGCAAGAUGGUUUGUCCUUUGAUAGGGCCUGGGCUGACUACAAACAAGGAUUUGGAAAUAUUUCAAGUGAACACUGGUUGGGACUGAAUAAAAUAUAUCUGCUGACCAAUCAGCCCGGCCGUAUUGCUAAACUACGUGUCAGCCUUGGUGACUUUGCGGGAUCUGAAGCCUUCGCCCAAUAUAGUUCUUUCAGAAUUGGAUGCGAGUCCCAGUUCUAUCAGCUGUCACUGGGGAAGUAUUCUGGAAAUGCUGGAGAUGCUUUCAGAGGAAGGGACAAGGACACUAAUGAAGAUGGAAGCUUUUUUAGCACAAUGAAUAAGGACAAUGACAAGUGUAAUCCAUGCCUAAAUGGAGAUAUCAUGUUUAACAGCUGCAGCGUGCGGUUUAAUGGCGGAUGGUGGUUUAACCGUUGUGGGAUUGCAAAUCUAAACGGCCAGUGGCGUAACCAAAAUGACUACAUCGGCUGGGCUUCUGCUGUGUACUGGGAAACCUGGAAAAUCAAUGAGUCCCUCAAGUUUAGUAAGAUGUAUCUAAACACAGUUAGAGAGUGAAAUUAAACUGUAUUUAGAAUGCCUGUCAAUCUGUACCUUAACAAGCCAAUGAACAAUCCAGUUUGUUAACUGACUAC